AUGGCCAGCAUUGGUGAGGAGAUUGUACAAUAUGUGCAGUCCGACUGCUCUGUGGUCCAAGUACAGUUGCCUCCAGGGCCAAGCAGCAGUUGCCCCCCGGACACUGCCCUCCACGACUACAGUCACCUCCGGGCCUGGACAACACUUCAUCCUGGCACCCAUGAAGCUUGCACAGCAGCAGUGGUACUUGUUGCGAUCUCCGCGAUCGCCUUAGCUCUUGUAAAACGUGAUAAUGUUUGCAUCACACAUAUCCUGUGGGACACAGCCUCCUCUCCAGCAGAGGACUGGGAGAUGUUGGAGGGUUCGUGUGACCUGGCCCACCAACACAGCUUUACAAUUACUCUGUCGUCCUCGUUAGUAACUGAUGUCAUUUUGGCUUUUGGACAUUUUGAGAUUGAUGAAGGCAGUUCAUGUCCUCAGAUUGACUUUGAGCAAGAUGAUUUACCAGUGUUUGAUAUAAUUUCACAGUUUCGGUUAGACAUGGCACCCCCUGAGAGUGGCAUUUACAAGGUGGUGGGAUCCACUCCUUUACAAGUGGCUUACAAACUCAACUAAGAAGUAAAUUUCACAGUUCCAACCAGCACUGCAUUUCCAAAUGGAUUUCCGCUUGAAUAUUCUUUUGUCACCACAUUUCGAAUGGCUGGCAGUAUUAUUGAUAAAAACUGGAACAUCUGGCAAAUAAAGGAUCCUCUUGGCAAUGAGCAAGUUGGUGUGCGAAUAAAUGGUGAAACCAAGUCGGUGGAGUUUUAUGUGCUUGGGCUGGAAGGUAGACUUCAAACCAUUACUUUUUCACCAAUAGCCAACCUGUUUGACUCUGAAUGGCAUAAGAUUUUAAUCAGUGUGGAAACGGACACCAUCAUUCUUUUUAUUGACUGCAAGAGGAUGCAAAUACAACCAGUCAAGGCCAAAGGGAUUAUCAAUACCAGAGGAGGUACAUUUAUAGGGAAAUCUAAUGAUGUUUCUAGGAUGCCAGUGCCGUUUGAUCUCCAGUGGAUGAUCAUUCAUUGCGACCCUCAGCGGGCACGCCGCGAAACUUGCUCUGAACUUCCUGUCCGAGACUUGGUAAGAAACUGUAACGGGCAAUGUGGACUCUUGUAUCUAGUGGUUUUUCUACAGAUAGUGCGUCUCAGUUUAACUCAAGUUUCACUAGGUGACUCAACUCUGCCAGGUCCGGCCGGAGUCCCGGGAGUGGAUGGCAUUGAUGGAGAUCGCGGUCCUGAUGGUUCCCCGGGUCCACCGGGUCCGAAAGGUGACGCCGGUCGCAGAGGCUCGUCCGGAUUGGUGGGACAACCGGGAAUAGAUGGAUUACCAGGACAAGAGGGAUCACCAGGAACCCCUGGACAACCCGGGCCAAAGGGUGAACCAGGAACAGUGGGACCUCAUGGAGCUCCCGGUGAGGGAGAACCGGGGCCACCUGGCCCUCCUGGUCCAUCUGGACUUCCAGGUGAACUUGGUCGUGUUGGUUUUCCAGGUGAUCGAGGACCUCCAGGACUAUCUGGACCACCAGGUCCACCCGGACCCAAGGGACUUCCAGCACUAAUGCAUGGUGACAGCAGUGAUGAACCACUGUGUCCCAAUGCUUGUCCUCCUGGCCUACAGGGCCAUGCUGGUCUUCCUGGAAUGAAGGGACAUAAAGGUGUGAAAGGGGAGGCUGGCGAACCAGGCAGACAAGGUCACAAGGGUGAAGAAGGCGAACAGGGAGCUCCUGGAGAAUUAGGUGCUCAAGGCUCACCAGGUACUCAAGGUCCAAGAGGUUAUGAUGGCAUGGAAGGAAGAAAGGGUGAUGUGGGUCUUCGUGGAUUGGAUGGUGAACUUGGUGGUAUUGGUCCUAUUGGUCCACCUGGAGAUGUAGGACCUCAAGGCCCUCUGGGUGAGCCUGGCCCUAAAGGUGAUCUUGGUCGCCCUGGUCCCAGAGGAAUUACAGGUUCUCCCGGAUCAAAAGGAGAACCCGGUUUACCAGGUGUUGAUGGAAGGGAUGGUAUACCUGGAAUGCCUGGAUCAAAGGGUGAAUCUGGCAAGCCGGGUGCUCCAGGUGAAGCAGGAUCUCGAGGUCUGCCUGGUUUGCCUGGUGCUCCAGGACUUCAGGGUGCAAUGGGUGCAAAGGGUAAUCGAGGUCCGGCUGGGUUGAAUGGCACUAUGGGAUCUCCUGGUAAACCUGGUGAACAGGGACCGAUCGGUGACUUGGGAGAACCUGGUCUCAUUGGCCCUCCGGGUGACCUAGGGCAAUCCGGUGGUGUUGGUCCUGCUGGUCCACCAGGUCCAGCUGGUCCCGCUGGUGAUCUUGGCUAUCCUGGUCUUCCAGGUCCGGCUGGUUUGCCUGGUGCUAAGGGUGAUCGGGGUUCUGUAGGCUUGCCUGGAACGAAAGGUGAAGAAGGUUCUGCUGGUGCAGAAGGCAUUGAUGGUCCUAAAGGUGAAAUGGGUGAUAGAGGAAAUGAUGGUCCCAAGGGUGCUGUUGGUAAACCUGGUGAGGUUGGUCUUCGUGGUAAAGAUGGGAUCCGUGGUCUGCCGGGUGUACAGGGUCUCCACGGUGCCAUCGGAGCACAAGGUUUACAAGGAGAUCGUGGACUUACUGGCCUACCUGGGAGACAGGGUCCACCUGGUAAAGAGCCUACGGACCAACACAUUAGACAAGUAUGCAUGAGAGUAAUGCAAGAACACUUGGCACAUUUGGCUGCCAGCCUCAGACGACCGGAAUCUGGUAUUAUGGGUUUGCCAGGGCGUCCUGGACCACCUGGACCCCUAGGCCCGGGUGGAGAAAAUGGCUUCCCUGGACAGCCAGGGCCUCGUGGUCUUACUGGCCUCAAAGGUCCAUCGGGUAUAAUCGGCUAUAAAGGACAAAAAGGUGAACAAGGUGAGAAGGGUGAUAGAGGGCUGCCAGGAAGAGGACCCAGGGGGUUGCCAGGACAACAAGGCCUACCAGGGGAGCCUGGGAAGCACAGCUUCGGCAGGGAUGGUCGUGAUGGUAUGAGAGGCUUACCUGGAAAGAGUGGGCAGCCUGGAAUCCCUGGUCCUCCUGGUCGUCCAGGGCUUCCCGGUUACUGUGAGUCCUCCGCCUGCACACAAGCUCUACGGGCACCACCACCAGAAGAUGUGAAGGGACCGUGAACUAGGAAUGCCCAACAAUUAGGAUGUGGAACAGGUUGCAGAGAAAAGCAGGAGAACUGAAACCCACAUGAUAGGCUUUAAUCUGGGAAGUGGACUUUAAUAUUUUAUUUUUUAACACUAUUUCCUCAUCACAAAGAAAUUGUCCUUGAUGACCUAACGAUGGUGCUCGGUAACGAUAUGGUAAUUCUCCAUUGGAAGUGCAAUGAGAUUAAAAGAUGACCAAAAAGAAAAUGUGCUUUUGACAAAUGGCUGAUAUCUCCCUCCCCUGGUGUGUUACAUGAUAAGCAAGACCCCUUUAUUUUCCAAUAAAUAACCAAAAAGAGAAGAUUGUGUUACUUAUUACCUCAGAAAUGACAUCUUCCAUUUCAUUUGUAAAAUUAAAAAAAACCCAAUUUAAGAAAUCAAUUGAUGACUAGUAAGUUGUUUCUGCUAGUUUUGCAGGGUGUAUGUACUAUAUUGUAUACUAAACCUGAUAACAGGAAACCACAAGGUUUCAUUUUGUACAGAAGUGAUUUUUAGUGACCAUUCAUGUUUAAACAUGCCACACAGAGUACCCUGUGUGCUGUAAAUCUCUGUAAGUCUCUGAUUCUUGUGUAAUUCAAGAGGAAAUUAUAUAAUUGCUUGGUAAAUGAGUUUAGUAAGUAUGAGCGCUAGAUAUUCCAUCUCAGCAACUUUUGUCAAGGGUGUGUGAAAAAUAUUGAAUAUUAUCUUGUGCCUCCAUGCUUACCUCAUCCUGGAUUAUAGCCAUCCUCAAUUAUGAAAACCAGAAACAGUUUUAAAAAAAAAAUCACUAUUUAUUUUAACGCUCUGAAGUGACAUCUUUUAAUUGUACCAGAAGAAUAUAGUAAAUAAAGUGUCGGAAAUUUAUGCAUGUUUUUUCAUGAAUGGUCAGUUUAAAACAUUGAAUGACAAGAGCCCAAUCAGAUAGCAAAGCCCUUGUUGCUGUUUAUUUCCAGAUUAUUUUCCAGACAAGAGAUUUGCAGUGUACAUGUUUGUGUUCUUUGUAAAAAAAAAAUUAAAAGUAUCACACCAUU